GGGGUCGCAAGAUGAUAUUUUCUUUCCAUUAGGGCAUUAUCGCUACUGCGUUCAGGUUCAGGUUCAGUCCAGUCGUUGGUCUUCAGUCCAUGAGGGGGCGCGUCGGUACUAGAAAACGUCAUCACUGAGCAGCCGGCGGUGGGUCCGGGGAAUUUGCAUUUUUUUCACGAUGUUGACAAAUUCCUAACGAACAGAAAUGCGACGGGUGCAACCCCAUCAAAAUGGUUCAUCCUCGUACAGGGAUACUGUCGAGGAGGAAAACACCAGACUUAUUGAUGGACUGAAAUCCAAGAUAUCAUCGUUAAAGACGAUCUCCAUUGACAUUGGUCACGAAGUAAAGAACCAAAACAAGAUGCUCCGUGAAAUGCACGACGACUUCGACUCUGGCGAAGGGGUCCUCAGGUCGACCAUGAACAGAGUGAUCCGCAUGUCAAGGGCUGGACACAACCGGUACAUUCUGUACCUGAUCAUGUUCUCAUUGUUUGUCUUCUUAGUAAUCUAUGUACUCAUGAAAGUUCGGUGAUGAUACCUCUUCACUACGGUGUAAAUAAAAAGCGUAUUUUGUGAUGUA